AAAAAACUAAAAUAAAAAAUAAUCGCCUUCGUCCCACAAAAUUCAAAUUUAUUUCUAUUUUUUCGCGGCAAUUUCUUGAGGAUUCGAUGGAGGAAGAAGAGCACGAGGAAGACCAUGGUCGCGCUAAUAGAAUUCUUUCCUGCCCUAAUCGAAUUCCAGUAGGCUGUCCAAUUGAAGGUAUGGAAUCUGUUGUUGUGACUGUCAGUGGCUACCGUGGCACAGAAAGAUUCAACCUUAUCAAGAUGAUAUCUUAUACUGGCGCUAGCUAUGUGGGUGCAAUGUCAAGGUCUAUUACUCAUUUGAUUUGUUGGGAAUUACAAGGGAGGAAAUUUGAUCUUGCUAAGAAGUUCAGAACAAUAAUAGUCAAUCAUCGUUGGCUUGAAGAUUGCAUCAAACAUGGAAAGCGUGUCCCUGAAGGUCCUUACAUUCUCCAAAGUGGGCAAUCUGUAGGUCCCUUGUCAAUGAAACUCCCUCUUGCUGACAAGGGCUCUGUCUCAGCCAAAAAGUAUAACUUGCUUUCUGAAAAGUUACAUAAUUACGGAAAUGUUGAAGAUCAAAGUAUUACAGACAUAUGCUCUUCUAGUGAUUCAAUCUUGCCCCGCUGUUCUUUGCUGGAUAAGGAUCUGUCCUCUGAUUUUGGAAAAAGUGAUGACACUGCUAAUAAGCCAAAGUACAAAGUGCGGAAGAGGAUUUCUAAGCAAGAAGACCCAUCAAGAUCAAGUAGCAGAAACUGCUUUGAGGAAUCAACUUCCUCUGGUUUUUUAGCAAUUAAGCGUGGUAGCUCUUCAAGCUUGGCGAGAGACAAAAGAAAAGGUGAAAGUAGUAAUCAGGACUCUACUGUUAAAUCUUCAAGGAGACGGCACCUGCUUGUAAGUAAUAACUCUAGCGAAGAUCAUAACAAGCCUGACAUUUGGAAUUUUGACCCGGAGCGGUAUCAUUUGGGAACUCAUAAUAGUCUUAAAGUUCCGUCUAGCCAUUGGGCUGCUGAAACAGAUAUGGAAGUGGUAAACAUUGGAGGAACAUCUGAUUGUGAACGGUUGUGUGAUGAAAGGGGACUAGCAAGUAUCAGGUUUGAAGGCAUUGAAGCUUAUGAGAACCAAUCUACUUCCAACGAUACAAACUUACUAGUUGACAAUGCACCAAGAGUGCUACCGAUAACUCCAGAAGAUGAAUUGCACAAUAUGAAUGAUUUGCAAAAGAACAUUGAGGAUCCAGUUAUAGAACUCGAUGCAAGCUUACCCCCAACUUCAACGGAGUUAUCAUGUGUCAUCUGUUGGACAGAUUUUAGUUCGACAAGGGGAGUUUUACCCUGUGGGCACCGAUUUUGCUAUUCAUGCAUUCAGAACUGGGCAGAUCACAUGGCUUUGAGCAGAAAAAUCUCAACCUGCCCUUUGUGCAAAGCCAGUUUUCUGAGCAUCACAAAGGUUGAAGAUGCUGCCACCUCGGAUCAGAAGAUAUACUCCCAAACCAUUCCAUGUGGACCGUCAUUAGUGGAUAUUUACCUUCUAUCUGAUGAAAGAACUCUUAACAACGUUGUUCAGCCCUCUGUAGCAGCUGUUUGUAGUGCAUGCCGUUGUCGGGAACCAGAGGACCUCCUCAUGAGCUGCCAUCUUUGUCAAAUUCGACAAAUUCAUUCCUAUUGUCUGGACCCACCGUUGUUACCAUGGACUUGUAUUCACUGCAAGGAUCUGCUGACACUCUAUCGAAGCCAUUAAUUUUUCAUCUUGGAAUCAGACAUACUGCUACUAUUCUCCUUGUAUCAGAAGCCAAACACAUAGGCUGGGACUUGUCAAAGAAUCUACCUAACUGCUACCAUUAGGAAGACAGUUCAUGAAAUCCUAUGUUGAAGCUUUGCAAUGAUUGAUAGUGAUUUUGUUUUAGGUGAUUGCAAGGAGAAGUUGAAGUUGGCUGAAGAUUUUGAAGCAAAGAAAAGCCAAUCUGCCUCCCACAAAUCCUUCAAUGCUAAGGUUGUACCCAACACUGAUUAUUGUAAUUAUUUUGAAAAGUCAAUUUGUUUGGCUUGUUAUGAUGAUGUUUUUGAAUGUCUUGUUUGCUUUCAGCUGCAUUUGACCGAAAGAAAAUUUUAGGAUGGAGAAAAAGAAAAAAAGAAAAAAAAAAAGAAGGAAAAAACCAUCCGUACAUCUUUUUGGAAAUUCUUAUGUGCAUAAAGCAUAAUUAUUAGUAUGUUGAAAUAACUGACUCUUUUUUCUA